AUGUGUCGACGCCCUUUAUGUGUCAACAUCCUCCAUGUGUCGACGCCCUCCAUGUUUCGACGCUCCCCAUGUGAAGACGCCAUCCAUAUGUCGAGGUCCUCCAUGUGUCGACGUUCUGAAUGUGUCGACGUCCUCUACGUGUCGACGCCCUACAUGUGUCGACGCCAUCCAUGUGUCGACACCAUCCAUGUGUCGAACCCUCCAUAUGUCGACACCUUCCAUGUGUCGACGCUCUCAAUGUGUCGACAUUCCUCCAUAUGUCGACGCUCUCCAUGUGUCAACAACCUCCAUGUGUCGACGCUCACCAUGUAUCGACACCCCUCCAUGUUUCAAACGCCCUCUAUGUGUCGACGUCCUGAACGUGUCGAUACCCUCCAUGUUUCGAUGCCCUCCAUGUGUCGACGCCCUCCAUGUGUCGACGACCUCCAUGUGUCGAUGCUCUCCAUGUGUCGACACCAUCCAUGUGUCGACGUCCUCGAGGUGUUGAUGUCCUCCAUGUGUCGACGCUCUCCAUGUGUCAACGCCCUCUAUGUGUCGACUCUCUCCAUGUGUCGACACCCUACAUGUGUCGACGCCCUCCGUGUGUCAACGCCCUCAAUGUGA